AUGUCCUUCACAAGUGCAAACUACUCCCUGGCACAACAGCAAGAGCUUGAAGCUGUCCAAGGACAUCAGAUGAUUCCCCUUCCGUCCGCAAUCUUAUUUACAUGUCUAGCGCCUUUGACAGUUUUGGGCAACGGCAUAUUGCUCCUAAUAUUUACCAAGAACACAGUUUCACUUCUUCGCACCCCGUCAAACUUUUUUAUUUUCAGUAUGGCUUUUGCGAACUUUCUUACCGGAGCCGUCCUUCAACCGCUGUUGGCGUACCGCUAUUACUACCUCUAUCUCAGCAAGGGGCCUCUGCUGAUGACAUUAAGGAAAGUAAUGUCGGCCUUUUCCAUCGUUACAAUGAACGUGUCUAUAAUUAGCGUAUGCGCCUUUUCUUGGGACAGCUUCCUGGCUUUGUCACAGCCCAUAAAACACCGGAAUUGGAUGACUGUUCGACGUGCUAAAGUACUAAUUUUCUGUACGUGGGUUUAUCAGAUAGGGUUUGCUUCAAUGCUGUUCACAAGAAUACCAUUGCCUUUGGUCCUAAAAACUGAUCUGUACGUGAACACGACUUUGGUGGCGUCACUCUUACUCCUAUCCUACUUUUUCCUCUACAAGGCCUUCAAAAAACGUGAAAGAAGAAGGGCGCGUUCAUUCAGUAAUCCGAAUUUGCAGCUUCGUCAUUUCAGAGUGAUUAGGAGGGGUACAAGUAUGGAAAAACGUAUGCGUAAAAUUAUAUUUUUGUUUACACUGGUGACCACCAUCCCAAUUAUUCCUGUAACUGUGGUGUGGUAUGUGACGGGGCAUUGUGUUAGGUGUCAGCGGUAUCAGCCUCUUGUACUGACAGAAAAAGUGCUUAAUCAACUAGUUUUCGUCAAGUUCGUUCUCGAUCCCUUUGUGUACGCAUGGCGAUUGGAAAGAUACCGCAGAGCGUUGAAGAAAAUGUUAUGUUACAUUCAAUGA